AUGACCAAACCCCACGGCGGAGCAGGAUUAGGUCCGCCGGAGCAGGAGCAGAUUCCCUGCCCUCGCUGCGACUCCACCAACACCAAGUUCUGCUACUACAACAACUACAACUUCUCUCAGCCCCGCCAUUUCUGCAAGUCCUGCCGCCGCUACUGGACCCACGGCGGCACCCUCCGCGACAUCCCCAUCGCCGUGGCGGCACAUGGGUCGGGUGGACUUAUCGGGCUAAGUGGGUUUGGUCUCGGACUCGGGACGGGUUUCGAAGACGUGAGCUUUGGACUCGGAAGUGGAGUAGGGAGUAACGGUGGUCCGGCGGCUCCGAUGGCCGCCACGUGGCAGCUGGAGGGUCUAGAGAACAACGCAGGGUUCGUCGCCGGAGAUUGUUUCGCCUGGCCGGAUCUUGCCAUCUCAACCCCUGGGAACACACUCAAGUGA